AUGUCUCGUGGAUGGAAUUCGGAGGUAGAAGUCCAAGGGCCAAGACCUCCGAUAAUUGAGUGGUCUAUGGGGCCACGUGAGAGAUUGAGAGGUGGCCGAAAUGAUUACAGAUCUAUAACCCGGGUGGGCUAUUCAGAGCCGCUCAUUCAAACAGGAGGCCCCGAUGACCCUGCCCCUACCCUUGUCCUCUGUCCCUUCCGAUGUCCUUCCAGAGUAUCCAUGUCGAACCUCCUCCAAUUCUUUUCUUUUGUCCGAAGCGAACCAAAUUACAACACCAGAACGACCGAACCAUCAGAUCCGACCCGACCCGACACCGAGGGUCCAGCUGUCGGUCGCACACACACAAUACUGGUACGACCUGGGCGCAUUCAUUUCCUUCCCACACGUGCGAUCACACUCCCAUUCCCAUUUCUUCCCCCCACAGUUUAUCGCGGCCUCCAGCAGCUGCGUGGGCGCAACGAGGACGAGAAUUGUCGCCCGCCUUCUGUGUCCCAGUUACGUAUCUCGUGGUGCGCAUUUCCAGCCUGCACCGGACCGAACGAGGAGCGAACUGCAGAGCCAAUACUCGAGGUUGGAUCAAGGUUGGAUCAAGUCGGAUCAGAUCAGAUCAGAUCAGAGUGGCUUCACAGCACAGCACAGCACAGCACUGCACAGCACCGCACGACACCCAAAACCGACACGACCUCGUGCCAAAUCAAAUAUUCUUCGUCACCGCCAAAUUUCUCGUGCACCACCGGCCCAUUCAGAGACUCGACGACGAGACCAAUACAACCCGGAAGUUCCAGCUCACUGCUCUGUACCAGCGACCAUUUGUCUGCGGAGAAGAGAAAGCAAGAUUAUCAAACGCCUGCUCCACGACGUCGCGCGGAUCCCACUGCUCUCCCAUCGGUAUCUGCAGCCCUAGGCAUCACAUUCUUUCUGGUCUGCCAUCUUGAUCUUUGCAAUCUCGAGUCUCUAGACUCAACCCCGUUCUCUGGAUACACCCCCGCUGACAGUUGUGCCACGCAGAUCGGAACCAUCGUGUAUCCCAUCUCCUGCCUCCUGCCUCCUGCCUCCGGCCUCCGGCCUCAAUCCUACGACUCGGCAGCACCCAGAGCACGCCUCCCAGGGACCAACCUCGAGGAACAUCGCAGACCCCCUGAUCCAGAUACCUGGUCCCGAACUCGCCAUCCUCGACAGAGUAGAUCAUCUGAAAAGAUCUUUUCUCCACUUGACGCUCAUACAUCCAUAUCCCCAUCCUCCCCUUGGGCGCAGGGCUUAUCGGCGGCAUCAAACGCAAUCCGUCUCGUCGGAGUAGCCACGAUCAAUACCACGUUGAUCAAGCCCUUCCAACUUGAGUCUCGAGAAGGCCGAGUGUGCCCUUUCCGACUUUCAGGAGCUCACGGGAAUACUUGGACCAAGAAAUUGCGGGGAAAGGAUAUACAGUUCCUUCGAGACGUCAUCGCAACUACAAUACAAAGCGGACGGGGGACUCUCAAUUCGUUCGUUAUCUGGACCGGCCAUCUUCGAAACAGCUUUGGUAGGUUCAGACCUGGACCCGACUCCCAGCUAGUCGUAGCUACACGUGCAUGGGUAGCCCGUCGACUAACACUUUGGCAGAAAACUGCCUGGCAAACCUUAGAACCUUAA